AUGGGAUCUAAAUUAUCAUGUAUGUCGAAACAAUCUGAAAAUAAUGGGAAAAUACCAAAAUCAAAGAAACCAAAAUUACUUACUAAAACUGAAAGGACAAAUGAGGUAGUUACAGUGACAACAAAAGUUAUAGAAGACAAAUCUGAACCACCUGCGACAACUGAGGAAUCCAUCAAGAAUCAUGUUACCCCAGUUGAAAGUGAAACCAUUAAAAUACGAUCACAUAUUUCAUUGCUAGAACCAGCUCCAUCAAGUUAUGAAUUACCUAAACCAUUAACUCCAUCACCUAUUAAUAUUUCAUCACAACUCAUUAAACCAAGUUUAGAUCAAUCUAAAUUUACUACACAACUUAUCAUUAAUAAACCAACAUCUGGUGAUAAUCAUAUAGCACAACCAGUUGAUCCUGAUGCUCGUGAAUUAGCUAGAGGUACAACAAAACCAGCGACAUGGAAAGAUUUACAUUGGGCAUUAAUUGGUAAACGUAAUUUAACUAAUGAUGAAUUAAAAGUUCGUGCAUUAUUCUCAUGGUUAUGUUCAAUACCAGUUGGUCAUAUACCAUUUUUAACAUAUGAUGAAAUAGUACAAGCUGAACUUGAUGGUAUUCAAUAUGCAAAAGAAGCAUUAUCGAAUAAGUUGAAAAAGUUAAAAACAGAUUCACCAGAAUUUGUACUUAAUGAAAUGGCUAAUGGUAAAGCAACAUAUCUUCAAGCAUUUGAGUCAUUAUGUCAUUAUUCAAAUAUACCAUGUGUAACAGUGAAAGGUUUAGCUAAAGGUGUUGAUUAUGUCGUUGGUAUGCGGUUGAAUGAUAUAAAUGAUCAAUUACAACAACAACAACAGUCAUUAACAUCGCCAUCGUCGACAUCACCAUUGUCAUCAUCAAUUAUGCAUCGAUUACAACAUGCAUGGAAUGCUGCUUAUUUAGAUAAUAAAUGGGCAUUAUUUGAUCCAAUGUGGGCAGCACAACGUUUAGCUGUUAGUGCUAAUACACGUUUAUCACAAUUAGUACAAACUGGACAAAUGGAUUAUGAAACUGAUAUGUUUUAUUUUAAUGUUGAUCCAGCUAAAUUUAUUUAUUCACAUUAUCCAUUUGAUGAAAAUUGGCAAAUGCUUAAACCCCCAGUUACUUUAAAACAAUUUGAAAACAGUGUUCUAUUGAAACCAGCAUUCUUUCGUCAUGGUCUUGGAUUAUUAUCACAUCAAGAUUGUGUUAUACUUGCACCAAAUAAACUUGUUAUAAAAUUGUCUAUGCCAAAAACUUUAACCGAUACAUUGAAAUUUACAUUUAAUUUAAAAUAUGAAGGAAAGGAUGAUAAUUUAGAUUUACCAAAUCUAAGUCAAUUUGGAUUACAUGAAUUAUCAAAACGUGAUGCAACUGUUACAUUUCAUUUUCGUUUUCCAAAACCUGGAGGUUAUAAACUUACUUUGUAUGCACAACGUAUUGGUGAAAAGCUAUUUGCAGAUAUAUGUGAAUAUCGUGUAGAAUCAAAAAUGAGUACCGAUUUACAACAAACAGACACUGGUGUUAUGAAUGCUACUACUCCUACUACUACUGCUACUACUAAUAAUAAUAAUGAUACUUCAAUAUCAACCCUUUCUAUUCUACCAUUUCCUCCAACAUCACAAGGACAUUAUGGUCCAGCUGAAAAAGCUAAAGAAUUAGAUCUUAUUACUGUACCAGAAGAUUUAGAAACUCAAUUAAAUUGUCAUACAGGUUUAUUAGAAAUUAAAUUUACUACUAAAAAUCCACAAAGCAAACUACCACGUUUAACUGCACGUUUAAAAUCAUCCAUUCAUGAAACAUCAAUGCUUACUGAUUGUAUACUAUUACGUAAUAUUGAAGCAGUACCACCAGGAAGUUUAAGUUCUGGUAUACAAACUAUUCAUGGAUCACGUAUGCAUAUGAUAAUAUUGACAGCAUAUUUACCAACAGGUGGUGAAUAUGCAUUAGAAGUAUAUGGAGCACCUGCGGAUUCUGAUGAGAAUACUUCAUAUUUCUUGGUUUGGCAAUUUUUAAUAAACUCUGAAUUUGGGAUUCGAUUAUCUACUCCAGUUAGAAAACGUUUAGCUACAAUGAAUUUAGGUCCACAAGAUGAAACAUGGUCUACAUUAGGUUUAAAAUUACUUAGUCAUGAUGAUCCUUUAAUUCAUGUACCAACAGCUGGUUCUAUUGAGCUACGAAAGACUCGAAGUAAAUCAGAAAUUAUGAGUCAGUAUAUGAAUCAAGGAGAUAAAACUAUGAAUGGUGUAUCGACAAGUGAUUCAUUAAUAGUUCCAACAACAUCACCAGAUCAAACGAAUGAAGUAGAUGAUGAAGUACAAGAUCCACGUAGUUGUGAUUUGAAAAUAAGAUUUUCAAAAGAAUCUCAUCAGAAACUUUAUGUAGUUGGACAGUUUGUAGAUAUAAGUACACCAGAGGAAGAGGAUUGUACCAACUAUUUAUUACAACAAUGGGAAGAACCUGAAGUAUCCAAUAUGAAUGAACAUUUAACCUACCUUAUUCGUAUACCAAAAGGUGAUCAUUUUUAUAAAUUAUAUAUCUAUGCAACACCUAUUAAUAAUAAUGAAUUACCUCAAUCAUUACCAUUAGUAUAUACAUAUUUAAUUGAAGCACCACCACGUAUUAUGUCAUCUGAAAUACCAUAUAUUGGUGUUAAAUGGGGUGCAUUUCCUGAAAAAUUAGAACAACAACAACAACAACACCACCACCCCCAACAACAACAACAACAACAACAAGACCAACAACAAACAACUAUUAAAUAA